UCGACAGGACCGUUCAACUUCACAUUAAUAUUAGUCGACCAGUCUUGACACAAAAGCAAAGUUCGUGAAUCAGGAGACAAAAUUAUCUAUCUUUCUUUUCCCCCCAAUGUAUUUAAGAUGAAAAAAUCACCGACUUAGGACAUAUACUUUCUUCAAUGGGUUGUGACGUCCCUCCGUCAUUGCCAAAUGGCUACCCUGUGACAAAAAUUGACAAAAGCGGCUCCCAACCUUUUGUACGUUUUACAUGUAAUCCGGGACACACCCUCUCCGGAGCCCCGAAUUUCUAUUGCAAUACGAGCUCUGAUAUUUGGUAUGGAAACACAGUCUGUAGCCGUGAGGAAAUCCCCGAGGUUUGGUUCUGGCUCCUGAUAGCGGUAGGGUCUCUGGUGGCUAUUGGUGUGAUAACGGCGCUGUGCGUCUACUGCUGCAAGAGAUGCUGCUGGCGGAAUCGAAUACGGAGAGUUAAUCCAGUUCAUGAUGAAGAAUAUCCACCAGGAGUAUGUGGGGGUUGCUGUGACUAUGGAGGAAGUUGCGAUAUUUGUGGUUGCGUGGACUUUUAUGGAUGUUGCUCUCUUUACGGUUGCUGUGGUUACCAAGGCGUCUGUGGCUUUGGCUUGUGCACGUGCUGUCGGUGUUGUCGAGAACCGGACGAUAAUCACGUACACGAAAAUAGAAGUCAGAAUGUGAAAGGUAGAAAACAAAAACGAUGGGCGGGAAUUCUUUCCAAAAGAACAGUUAUGAAAGCGAGGCGAAAACGAAGAGACCUCUGGCGGCGUUGGCGUUCAAACAGACCUGAAAAUCCAAUGGAUGACGAGGUGUACGAUAAAGUCAGGAGAAAUGCUAAAGUGAUGGCUCUCUGGUUACCCCAUUCAAACCCCAUCAGAUCCAUCAACACGAGUACAAAAUGAAACAGUUUAUUUCAAUAUCAUCAAGAGAAGUGGAUGCAUGACCUUAAUCUUUCAUAUCGGCAAACUUUGAUGAGCAAACCAAUAAUUUUAAAUUUUAAAUUAUUCGAUAAAGUAAGGUGCAGACUUUUUAAUAUGUUGUGAAGUAGCGGAUCACGUAAGACUAAUGCGGAGGCCGAGGACGAGGUGGCGUAUUACCAGAGAAAAUUUAAAGUGGCUCUGAAUUUGAAAAAAAAUCAUUAAAGAAGUCUGUAUUUUCUCAUACAAAUUGUGCUCUUUUAUUGGCUGGGUCAUUGUGUUUUGUAUUCUUAUGAAGCAGAAUGUAUUUUAAACAGGAGAACAUAUUUUGCUAUGGUCCACAACUCAACAUUAAGAGAAAUCGACGACUGUAUUUAUGAACAAUAAUAUAGGGUUAUUGAACUUAUAUUGGUGAAUAUUGGC